AGGAAGUGAUGUGAACCACAGGCUAUAUUUAUGGAUUAAUAUAGCUAACUUUUUGUUAGUCAUUGACAGUGCUCAGCUUCUAAGCUGCAGCCAUACACUUAACGAAACAGGCUUUUUAGGUGUUUCUUUGUUUGGUAGCGUUUUUUUUUUUUUUUUUGUCGAACACCUGGUCGAAGUGGUGUGUAGCUUUAAUGACGUUGUAGUCCUAUCAAGGGGCAGGUGAUUUCCGAAGGUAAAAAGAGAAGGUAAACAUUAGUGCAGGUCGUUUGAAUUUUCUGAAGUGGAAAGCGAAAGGAAUUGUGGAUUUAAGGUUUUCAGGUGUCUGCUUAACUAACCUGCAGUAACUUACGAUCACAGGCCUUUGGCUGGAAGGAUGGCAGAUAAUAUAAAAGGUGAAGCAGAUGGACCUAGUGACAUUUCAGCAUGUGGUGAGGACUCAUUCCCAACUGAAAUGACAGAAAAUAACAGAACUCAAAUAAAUGGCAAAAAGAAGAAGAAUAGCAUAAUAAAGUCCUUCAGAAGAAACUUUCAACGAGCUGGAGAGAUGAGUCCUUUGUCCCCGAAAAACAAAGCGCCAAAUAACAAAAUAGACAGGGCAAGUACUGGAAAUGACCUUGGUAAUUCCUCUGACUCUCCAGUACAAUCUCCAGCUUCACCAAUAGAAGAACAGCUUACAAAACAGGAAUCUGCCAGAUGGAAACUGCGUUUUGGAAGUAAGAAAGAAAACACAUCCAAGCAGGAGCAGCUGGAGGUGUGCACAGAGGUUGUUAUGUCAUCAGAGGAGAAAAAGUCAGAGGUUACAGGAGGAACAACAGAGGUCUGGAAGUUAUACUUCCUACCUGAGAUCCCACCAGUACCUUUAUCAGUAAUGCAGAUUAACAAUCUCAUUAAGAAUAAUGCCUUGGAAGAUGCCUAUGUCAAUAUACUCUCUUUGCGGAACGAGGUUCAAUGUGAGCGGGAUGAAUUGGGUGAAAAAGCUUUUCCAGUUGAACUGUUAAAUAAAGAGAAAGACUUAACUCUGCUCUACAACAACCUGAGAGAUAAACUUACUGAAAUUGUCCAACAAUCCUGUGCCCAGCCUUCUUGCAAUAAAGAGCUACUAGUGCAGGUGGCUGGCAUCAUCCAAGAGGAGGAAAAGAGAGAAAAAGAUGAGGAGAAGAUGGGGGAAUGGAGAGAUGUUUGGAGGGCUGCAAUACAGAGAGGAGUAAAAGAGACACUCAAGGAGAUUCAUCUGGACAGCCAUGAGCAAAAUGCUUCCUGGUUGGCAGUACAUUUAGGACAAGUGGGAAAAGUGAUUGUUGUGCAGUUGGGGAAAGUAAAAGCAGAGCUUAUGAGCUCUUACCCACCAAGCUUUAAUGUGUUUGAAACAUACGUUUCAACCUUUCAUAAAGCUGUGGGAGAACACCUGAAAGGGCUUCUGGAAAAAGUGACAGAAGUGAAGGAUUACUACGCCCUUCUGGAUUUUAUUUUGAACUGUUACCAAAGUGAGAAGAUUAUGGGAAGCAGUUCCUUGCAGCCAGAAUUGAAGGAGGAGCUGAAGACUCUUAAACUAGACAAUGAUUUUCUAGAUCAGAUCAAGAAUGCAUACUGCAAUCGCUUACAGGCAGAUGUGAGAUCAUCUCUGGACAAUAUAAUUAAGCUGGAACAUGAUGAGAUGUGGAAAGACAAAAAUAAACCACAGAUUAAUGAGGAACUUUACCUCUCUCACAUUCACAUGGACAUCCUGACGUAUAUUACAGGACCAGUCCAGGCAUCCAGUAUGCUUGAUGUGGAACUGGAGCACAGAGUUAUGUGCUGCUGCCUUCAUGAGCUAAAGGAAUUUCCUAAACGAUUUGAGAAAGCCUUUGUACAAUGGAACAAAACUCUUCUGGAUCCCACCCUAUGGGCUGAGUAUCACAUUACUUACAUCAACAGCUUCAGAAAUUUAAAAGAGCAAAUUGAGAGCUACAGACAGAAAUGCCCAAGUCAGGUAGAGCAGCUGGCCAAAGAGAUAAAUGGACUGGUUAACAUACUGAGCCAGGCUCUUCUAGAGCAUUUCAAAACUGACACUAAGCCUCUUCUAAAGAUGAUGAUGACAAGGAAGUGGCUGUCCUCUGAAGAAGACUUUCAACAAUUGCAUAAGAGAAUUGAAACUCUGUCCCAACAAUGCAAACACAUGAGUCCCCAACAUGCACAGGAAUUUGUGAGUGAUGUGCAUUACUUUGUGGUGAGGGAGUAUAUAUCUCAGUUGAUGAAGAAUAACUACUCAUGCAAAAACAGGAAGAAUGAAAAAGCUGCCACGAAAAUAAGAGUGCAAUGGAGUGAACUCUGUGAGCUCUUUCAGGAAAUGAAUUCUGUUCAACACUGGCUCUAUCCAGUAGGGGACCACCUGCAAAAGAUCAUUGGAGAGAGAAAAGAGAGUGAAAUAAAGAAUUACCUACAGCCAUUGGUUGAUGACUAUCCAGAUUUCAGCAAAAAGCAUCUCUCGGCAGUAUUGUAUUUUCGUGGAGUAACACGGGGCAGACAGAGACAGAUGAUCCUGCAGAAGCUUUCUGACCUGAAGCAACAUGCCAAUGCUGGAAGCGUGCAGCAUGUGCUAUUCAAUGGGAUGGAGGCAACAGCGAGCACAGACCUAGUCAACAUGCCAUGCGCUUGUCUUUUUCCUAACACAGGCAACUAGGCCUCAAAAUGCUUGAUGUUACCUGUUGAAAAAUCCUGUUUUAGCCAUAUAUUUUAUAGUCCAAUACAAAAGUAACAUCAGGGCUUUUGAAACCCAAGUGCAAUGGUUUUAGAACAAGCACACUGUGAAUAAUAAUUUUAGGAUGAUAAGAUCCUUCACUGAAUUCUAUGCCUGCACUGCACUCAUCUUCUUGGCUGUGAUAAACAUGUGGUCUGUGUGCUUUUUAAAUGGCUAGGUAAUAAUGGAUGAUAACAUUAUUCAAAAAGAAACCAGACAAUAAGAUGCAUUUCUAAUUUAUUUUCCAAUAACAAUAUAGAUCCUUUAAUUAUAUGGUGUCUUUUGGGGAAAAGAUAUGAUGCUGUGUUCUAUUUUUGUCUGCUUUUGAAAUCCCCCAGCAAUCUCAAUAACAGAGAAAGAUAAAACAGCAGUUUCAGACCAUCUUGGCACACACAGAAAGGAAAUGAGCAACUAAAAGAGAGAGAUCAACUGGGAUAAAACUUGGACAAAAACAGAAAUAGGCAGUUGCACAGACUUUACUGGAAAUAUUUAAAAGAGGCUGCAGAUAGGAAUCAUAAGGCAUUCAGGAGCUGCAGCAGGGUGAUACCAAUACAGAGCCGGUGACAGUGCCCACCCGUGUGUGACCUGACUGCAGAAAAAGGGGGAAAAUAACCACAAAUAUUUCAAGAUAUGUAGGCCUAAAACAUUUUGUGUAAAUAUUAUUAUUAUUAUUAUAGAAAAGACAGCCUGCAUUUUUGUUAAUGUGGUGUAAUACUACAUACUUUUUGAUAGCCAGGCACUCUUUUUGGUCCAUACUGUAUAUCCAUGGAGUGACAGCUGUAAUCUUUGUUAAACAAUAUAGCUUGAGUAUGUUGACUACUUAUAUAGUUGAUUACUUAGAAUUUUUUAUGUGGGAACAACCCCCUCACUCAAAAUGAAGCAGUGUGUUUGAUAAAUCUGAACAUCUUUGGGAUUCACACAGUAUACAAGCAUCUUCUAAAACGAAUAAUGCAAUAUCCUUGUAUAUUCAUGAAUUUUAGCUCCAUUUAUGUUGUCUAUGGACUUCAGUGAGCAGAAAGCUAGAGAAUUAAGGCAUUGGGCCUCUAUGAAAUCUAAUAAACUAAUGUGUCUGUCAUGAAAA